ACAAGAUGGCUGCUAUAGUGAUUCCAGCUGCCAGAAGGCACACUUCAUCCGUCAUUGUCAUGCAUGGCUUAGGUGACAGUGGCUCGGGAUGGUCUUUCUUAGCCGACAUGUGGAAGGGCAAGUUCGAUGAAACAUCAUUCAUCUUCCCGAACGCACCUGAAAUCCCUAUUUCCGUGAACAUGGGGAUGAGAAUGCCCGGUUGGUACGACAUUAUGUCUUUCGAUGAUAUCCAGCAACACGAGGACGAGGCUGGCAUCACCCGUUCUCAAGCAUACAUCCACUCUCUGAUCGCCAAAGAGAUCGAGAAGGGCAUUCCUUCUGAGCGUAUCGUCCUCGGUGGUUUCUCUCAGGGUGGUGCUAUGAGUAUCAUGUCUGGUGUCACUGCCCCUUCGCGCCUGGGAGGUGUCUUCGGCCUCAGCUGCUACCUUCUGCUUCGUGGCAAGAUCAGAGACAUGAUCCCCAGCGAGAAUCCCAACAAGCAAACACCUAUCUUCAUGGGUCACGGUGAUGCUGAUCCUGUCGUUCGCUACCAAUGGGGCCAGGCCACUGCUCAGACUCUUCAAGAAUGGGGUUGGAAUGUCGAUUUCAAGACAUACAAAGGUCUCCCUCAUUCAGCCGCUCCCCAGGAGAUCAACGACCUGGAACGCUAUAUCAAGGCGAGAGUUCCUGACCUCGGCGACAAGCCUCUUCCUUCCAAAGCCUGACUACAGCAAGAUGUACAAUCUGCCGAGGUUAGUAAGAUCUGGUUGGUCAUUCCGAUCUUGGUCUGCUUGCUCUUCUUCCGGAGAUGGUGCGGAAGGCGUAAAGAUGAAGUCAAGACGGUUUAGACGAAUUACAUGAGUUGGCCCCAGAAUCUCGCAUGUCAAGCUUUUUCACGCACGCUACUGUACAAAGGUGUGUUACUCCUGAGAUAAGUGAUGGCCGUUCUCAAAGGUUGCAGUCUCGUCGACUCAUCUUUGAUCCUUCUCCAACUCAGGAGUCAAUUGCGUCUUUCUAUAGCUUUUUGUCGCUUCGUCUUGCCUUCGAAAAACGACAGUCGUAUAUGUUCUGAGCACAGUGAUAGAUGCCGUUAGAUCACAUACUCGUAUCGAGUUAUCUCGUGUAUAAGGAUCACUCGAAACACACCCGAACUCGGCCGCGCGGUGAUUGAUCAGGACCCUUAGAAAAGGCGAGAGAGGCAAA